CAUUGCGCAAUUGCAAGCAAUUAUCCUUGUUGUCAUCAGCUAAAUUUAGAUUUGCCCUUGGUAUUUAUUGUUUCACUGCUAAUGGGAAAUGGCAUUUAUUUCUGAGAGCUGGUAAAUUGAUAUUGCAUAUCCAGGUUAUAUAUCAGGUUUUGUGGUUGGCAAGACUGAGAUCAUGGCAGGAGUUGACUGCAGUGAGGACUCACUGUCUGAUGACAUACAGGGAGAAUUAGAAGUCUUAAGAUCAAUCUAUCAAGGAGAAGGAGAGUUUGCCAUGGAAACAUGUUGCCAUGGUGAUGACACUAAAUCAAACUAUGUAUGUGAGGUCAUCAUAACACCAUCUGACAUGCCGCUAGGAUUAAGUUUCUCAUUACCAGGAACAUACCCACAGAUCAGCCCUCGGAUUGAGAUGGUUUCCCUGCCUGAAUCCAUCUCACAAGAUAAUAUUGCCGUCCUCCUGGUUUACCUCUAUCAGAUUGCCAAAGAGAAUGCUGGGAUACCUCACCUUUAUUCAGUGGUUGAGGGCGCCAAACAGUGGAUUAGGGAUCACCUUGAAGAUCUUCACCUUGACUCUUCUUCAACUUGUUCAGAAAGUGAUUGGGGCAGCAUAGCUGACUCUGACACCAGAGAUAAGGAGAAGAAGAAAGAAAUGAAGAAGAAUAAAGGCAAGAAGCAGGAUGAUACUCCUCAGUUUGGGCGGGAUACUAAGAAGCCUCCUAUGAAGACUGCUACUGAUGUCAUCUCUCGUAUUCAGUGGGACAAACAGUUGAACCCAGAGCACUUCAUAGUCGGUUACCUUGACCGCUUCAUCGGGGUCGUGGAGCAGCCAUUCCUGGCAUUCUAUUGGGGAGACAUCGCUGAAGUGGACCAUCUAACCCUAGCCAUCCCCCGGCAUCGCAUCCAGUAUUUCAAGUACAAAGACGAGGUGGUGUGGGAUAAGAGAAUACGGCUGGACAACGUGUUUGGAUCGCUAGGAAGCGGACUCACGGUGGUGGACGUGGUGCAGAGGUAUGCCAAGGAGAACGACACGGAGCGGAAUGGUGGAAGCGAAAAGGAGGUGAAUGACCUGGCAGAUGUAGAAAUGGAUGAUGAUGGAGAGAGGAUGGUCAUGAAGGAUGGGAGAGUUCAGAGGAGGAGAAUAGAUAAAUCACGGCCUAACUAUUUCAUAGCAAUACAAAUUAGUAAUGAAGAUAUCAAGGCUGGGGUGAAACAGAUCCAGGAUCACAUGACCAGUAUAGAUCCUCUUAUUUCAUCAUACCUGACUUCUCUCUCACAUCUUCAUGUAACACUCUGUAUGCUCCAACUUGCCUCAAAGGCACAGAUAAACACCGCCCUCUCUGUUCUGAAAAACAUCCAACCUGAACUCACAUCGAUGCUUCUUCCUGUCACUAUGAUGAGGUUCCAGGGAGUUGACUCAUUCCAUGAUCGCAUCAUGUAUUCCCCAACAGAGGCAGAUCACGCUCUUGAGAAAAUGACACAUUUCUUGCGAACGUCGCUCUCCAAAGCUGGCCUGAGCUUAAUAGGAACUCGAGAUGAGUUUGUCCCCCAUCUCACCAUCAUGAAAAUGGCUCGUGAAGAAGCGAAUGGCCAUCCCAUUUUUACCUCUGACCUAAAAUCUAAGUUUUCUGAGGUGCACCUAGGAACUCAGGUUGUUGAUGCUAUCCAUUUGUGUUCCAUUGAUGAUAAACCAGCUCAUGAUAGAUUCUACUAUUCAUUAGCCAAGGUUGAUUUGAAUGAGUAGAUUAUUACAGACAAUUCUGUGUAAAGCCUUUGGAUACAUAUUAAACACAUUUAUUUUGAUAAUGUAGUGAUGUGAUACUAGUAGUACUAAUGUCUCUUCAUCAAUCUUUGUAAAGCUUGAUCAUCUUUUGAAACGAUUUGUGAUGUCUGUUAUCUCAUGAAGAGGCCAAUUCCCUUACUUAGGCACAAAUAAUAAUAAU